AUGCCAGCGUCACCCCAGCGUAGCUCGCUUGGGGCACGCAAGGCAUCCCAAACGGGAACACAGACGCCUCAUGGAGCGCGACAAGGGAUGUACGUGGCAUAUGUCAAGAAUGCCAUGCUUCAAAAGGCUCAGGGCGAUUAUGCGCCGUACGACGAGCUGGUAGCCCAGUUCCAAUCUACAGGCAAUGUGAUGCCUUCAACAAAAAACACAGCGUCUUCUGUGACGCAGCUACAGGCGUGGCUAUCUGCCCUGACGCAUGUGGCGCCUUCGCUGGAUCGCACGUGUGUGACACUGGUCGAGUCGGUCACUGAGUUUCCAUGGCUUGCGAUGCCCGAGGACAUUGCAGAUGCGUGGGUUCGGCUCGUGUGCUCGAUCGUUAGUGCUCGCAGUGAAUGGGUCUCGCAUGUGGCGUCCUUGCUCUUUCAAAACAUGAAUUUGCGUCCUGCAUGGUGCCGGGGCACGCACACCUUUCUACCGGGCCACCGCUCGGCCAUGUCGCGCCGACAACUGUACAGCCGACUACACAGUCUUCUGCAGACACUCUUACGAUUGAUUCCUACGCUUCCAGCAACAUUGCAGCCGCUUCUGAUCCAGCAUUUUCCGCACAAGCGCGAGUCCACUAUGGACCAGGUGCUGUACAUCCAAAAUCUGCUCCGGAUUACCGAGUAUUGUGAGGCCUUAACGGAGCCCAUUUGGAAUGUCAUUAUCGAUCAUACUUUGCAGAUCGAUGUGGCGAUCCAAGUGGAACUGGAUGAACUGGAGGAACAGGGUGUAGAGCCCUCGAGCCACACGACCGACCUCUCGGCUGUCCUGGACCAGGGAGCCGACUCAGACAGUGAAAGUGCCACCGUAUCGCCCGCCCUAGCCGCGCAGGAUGCCAUUGAAGAGACGCUCGACACGCUCGAGGACCUAUCUGAUGAGGAAGGGUACGAUGACUCGGAUGGGCUGCUGGCGACGGAACUGGCGCAAGAACCAGCGUGGAACGAGAUCGCUGUGCUUGCUGGCAAGCUGGAUGCGAUCAUGAAAGCGGUGCAUGACUUUCUCGAGCAGCACAUUGGCAUGGCACGCUCACCAGCUAUGCUCACGCGACGUUACCAGCUGUACCAGACUUUGCUGGGCAUCUUUACGCGUACGAUCCUCACGACGUUCAAGUCGCGACACGUCCAGUUUGUGCUUUUUUGGUUUGCAUCGCUGGACCAUGAAUUUGCUGACAUGUUUCUCGGCACGCUCCUCAGCAAAAGUUUGUAUGCCGUACCUGCGGCAGGCACGAGCGAGUCGGGCGAGUCGGCCAUCAUCUUGCGCAUUGCAGCGGCAAGUUACGUCGCGAGCUAUGUCGCGCGUGCCAGGUACAUUGAUGCAUCUACCACGCGCAUGGUCGUGGUCAAUCUGUGCACGUAUAUGGACGCCUGCCUCGAAUCGUUCGCCGCCCAGGGCCUGCAUGCACCGCCGCCGGGUGCGCGAGAGCAUGCCGUGUUUUAUGCUGUGACCCAGGCCGUUUUCUACAUAUUUUGCUUCCGAUGGCGCGAUCUGCGUGAUGGCGCCGUGUCUGAUGCACCCUCAUUCGCGCUCGACGAGGACCAUGCGCCAUCGCUCGCUGCGACGUACCCGAAUACCGGCUCGUUUGAGUUGUCGCCGCAGCUCAUGCCGGUCCUGCACGCAUCGUCGCUCUCGAGUGUAUCUUCGACGCACUCCAUGACGGGCGAGCGUGGCUGGGCGCCCGGCCUCGCGGUAGUACAGCGCGCUAUCACUUCACCUCUCAAUCCGCUGCGAUACUGCAAUGCGAACGUCGUUCAGCAGUUUGCCUACGUGGCGCAGUAUACCGAUUUUCUGUACUGCUAUUCGGUCCUCGAGGCCAAUGCACAGCGUCGCCCAUCACAAGCCGCGCGUGAGUCGACACCGACCACGCGCUCGCCCGUCAAAACGGCGCCUGACGCCCCAGCGGCCGUGGCAGCCCCAGCGCUCGAUGCGUUCUUUCCCUUCGACCCGUACCGACUGCGCGACUCGUCAUCGCUCGUAUACCGCUUGUACCGAGAGUGGUCCGAUGUGGCGCCCGAAGAAAGCGACGGCGAAGAGGACGAGGACAGCGAUGAUGGCAUCUCAGCUCUGCCUCACGAGCAAAUGACGCGACUGAGCGCCGUGCUCAAGAGCCGCGGCGAGUACCCAUCGCACUCGAGCAUCACGCCCGAAUCUAUUGCGCAGAGUAUGGAGGCUAUGAGUAUCAGUCCUUAUACAGGCUAA